AUGAAGUACUUUACCACCACUGGAGCAGUGCUCCUUAGUGCCCUUACAGCGACCGCCGGCGGUAUCAAGUUCGACCCCGAGGAUGAAGCGUCAAUCCUCGCCGUCACUCGACAAUACGCGUACGGACUGAUGUCGAUGUACCAGGGCAACGCCACAGGCACAUCCAUCGAGGGUGUCGGAGUCUGGCCCAAGCCCCACUACUGGUGGGAGGGUGGCGCCGCGUGGGGUGGCAUGAUCGAGUACAGCCAGUUCACCGGCGACGACUCACACGUCAAGACGCUCCAACAGGCAUUGACCGCCAACUACGGCCCCGACAACGACUUCAUCCUCUCCUACCGCAAAGGAGAAACUGGCAACGAUGACCAGGCUUUCUGGGCGCUUGCCGUCAUGAGCGCGGUCGAAUACCAGUUCCCCGAUCCCGCAGAUGCGCCUGCGAGCUACCUCGAGGUCGUGACCAACGCUUUCGAGAAUAUUGUCGGACGCUGGGACGAGACAAGCUGCGGUGGAGGACUGAAGUGGCAGGUGUACCCUGAGAACAGCUACGGCUACAACUACAAGAACUCAAUCUCCAACGGCUGCGCUUUCGCUCUCGGUGCGCGCCUUGCUCGCUACACUGGCGAGCAAAAGUACGCGGAUUGGGCUGUCAAAAUCUACGACUGGACAAAGAAGGUUGGACUUAUCAGCGACCAGUACGAGGUGUUCGAUGGCACAGACGACAAGACCAACUGCGCCACAGUCGCCGACAAGACCCAGUGGAGCUACAACAAUGCCAUGUAUCUCCAUGGAUCGGCCUUCAUGUACGACUACACCAACGGCGAGAGCACCUGGAAGGAUCGUACUUCCGGCUUCCUGGAUCAUGCUGAAGUGCUGUUCUUCAGCCCUUACGAGAACGCCACAGACAUCAUGUACGAGUGGGCUUGCGAGACGGGCGAAUCUGGCCGACACUGCAACCUCGAUCAGCAAUCGUUCAAGGCAUACCUUUCCCGCUUCAUUGCUAAGACUGCCAUGGUCGCUCCUUUCACCAAGGACAAGAUUGUGCCGUUGCUGAAGGCUUCCGCUGUCGGUGCCGCCAAGGCCUGCUCUGGAGGUACUGACGGCGUCACAUGCGGCAGCAAGUGGUACACUGGAAGCUGGGACGGCACCUCUGGCGUCGGCCAGCAGCUGUCGGCCUUGGAGGUCACCCAGGCACUCUUGAUGAUCGAAAAGGGUACCCUGCCUGCAAAGGGCAACAGCGCGCCGAAGCCAUCGAGCAGCCCUUCCACCAAGCCUAGCUCUACGCCGGCCCCAUCAUCUGCUCCUGCGACAAGCGACGCCGUUUCUUCAGCCACCUCUAUGUCUAGUCAAGUCCCAGCUGCCAGCGAAGCUACUCCCUCCUCAAGCGCCACCAGCGAGAGCCCUGCACCCAGCAAGGCCCCAUCCACCGAGGCGCCUUCGAACGACAACCACAACAUCGUUCCCAAGUUCCCGGAGGCUGAUGAAGCUCCUGUCUCCACACAGGUUGUCUCCUCAGUCGUCGUCGUAACAAGCACAUCAGUCUCAAGCUCUCAACCCUCGGCCUCAGGCAAGCCUGCUAGUCAGUCCAACGGAGGCUCAUCCAGCAGCUGCGCCCGCAGCGUGACUCGGACUGUGACUCUCGCUCGCUCCUCCGCGACAAGCAGCUGCACGCCCAGCGUGACCGAGACUGUCUACGUACCGGCAGCUUCGGCGACCACGGGCCUCGUCGUAGACUCUUCGCCAGCUCCGGUUGUACCUCCUGUUACUACCACGUUGAUGUCGGCGCCAGCUGCUAAUACCAGCUUGCCCAACCCGACAUCUCCAGAGCAGUUCCUCGGCGCUGGCUCUGCCCUCACCGUCAGCACCUCUGUUGUCACCGUUUUGGUGGCAGCGAUGGCCUUUGCUAUGGUGUAA